AUGGAUCCAAACCUUUCCGACCUUGUGCUCGAUACUCGAAUACAAGUGGAGUUUGGGGACAACGUCACCUACCGGCACACGGUUCAAUCGAAGGUUUCCACUGCUAGACAUGUCAGGCGCAGACAUCGGAAAGACACAUGGAAGGUGGAAAGGAUACUUGGAAGCGGCUCCUAUGGCAUCGUGACUCUCCAUAAAUGCCUGACGAGUGAAGGACCAACCGAGUUGCAGGCCGUGAAGAUGAUCGAAAAAGCCGUCGUCUCCAAGGGCAUUGACUACUACGAGGAGCUAGAGGCAGUUGCAAAAUUUUCGCAGAAAAAGUACGAGGGUCUAUUCGUCGAAUUCAUUGGCUGGUAUGAGAAUGAUAUCUCUGUAUUCAUUGUUAUGGAGUACAUGGAGCAUGGUGAUCUGGACUCGCAUCUACAAAAGCCCUUGCCCAAGAACGAAGCUCGAGAAAUCACGUUACAAAUAGCGGAAGGCCUCGAACUCCUCCAUGAGAGUGGCUUUGCUCAUCGGGACCUCAAGCCUGCGAAUAUCUUUGUCUUUCGGAAAAGCCCCGAUUGGUGGGUUAAAAUCGGCGACUUUGGAAUCAGCAAACGCUUCAACGACAGUGACGGCCUUCAAACAUGGGUAGGAACUCCGGGCUUCCUUGCCCCGGAGGUACGAUUUCUUGAUCCUUAUUACAAGGAAGAUGACGGCAUUGAGUCUUCAUACACAGAGAAAGUCGACAUAUGGGCGCUGGGCGUCAUAACGUUCUACAUGAUUUUCUACAAAUUCCCAUUCGGUACUAAACAGUCAACGAGUCUAAAACAGUAUCUCCAGGGUGCACCUCUUUCUUUGCCACUCUUACCAGUCAGCGAGGAGUGUUCUGAUUUCAUCAAGGCAGCAAUGGCCCCGAAGCCCUCGAAGAGACUUUCUGCCAAGGAAGCUACGCAACACGACUGGCUCCGACGCACUGAUGUGCCACUCGGGGAAAUGAAAAACCUGAAAAUAACGGAGGCGAGUCUCCCAGGCGUUGCUUCGAAGCAAGAUCUUCGAGAAGCGCUAAAGCCUGCGCCAAAAGAGGUCAGCAAUAAAUUGUCCAGAGAGAGGAUUGAAGAGGCCAAUGUUUCAGCAGAAAGCUCGGAUUGGUUCACUGCGGACAAUGGUUUUGAAGCUGAAGAGCAGUCCAAUCCACAAGCUAGACAGCAAUUGUCUUUUCAAUCUUCAGUCUCUUUUGGACUCCUUGGGAUAUCGAAGAAGUUCCUCGUGUCUCCACAUAAUCAAGGACUCCAGUUUUUCCGCGGAGACAAGUUAGUGGAAGCCGAACUACUGGCUCUACAUAAUGAAGGAGUGCAGUUCUUCCGUCAAAACAAGUGGAAGGAAGCCGAGGCCAUGCUUCAAACAGCGGUUGAGAAACGCAAUCAAUUGCUCGGCAUGGUACACAAGGACACUCGCAACUCAUAUCAUUGCUUGGGUGUUCUUUACUACCAUAUGGCCAAGUACUCGCAAGCCAAAGACCUGUUUAACCUAGUGCUGGAGGCUCAACUGAAGAUAUAUGGUCCGAAAAAUGCAUCUACGCUCAAGUCUCAUUAUUGGGUUGGCGUCCUGGAGAUGCGCGAAGGUAGCUAUGGCAAGGGACAGACUAUUUUGCGGGACGUGGCAAGCAUGCAGAAAAAGGUCCUCGGGUCGAACCACCCAGACACCCUUCUUUCGAUUUCUGAAUCUCAAUGGCAGCCUCCACAACCUCCUAUAUCCACACAGCUUUUGGAGAUGAAUAAGGCCACGAUCGCAAUAAAAAAGUCCAUCCAGAACCUCCUGACAGGACUAUUGAAACACCCUCCACGUAGUGGACCUCGGAAAAGAAUUCGAAUUCGCGUGAGACUGCCACAGAGCUCUCCAAGGAUUACAACAAAUGAUGAGCCCAAACUCUCAGCCUCAUUCAUAGUUGAGACCCAUUGCCGCACCAUUGCUGAAUUAGGCCAAAUUUUACAUGGGCAGGAAGACUAUGUGGGUGCCAGAGAGCAUCUUGAAAGGCAAGAAGUGGCAGAUGGGCGAAGAGCAAGUUUUGGUCUGAGCAACAAGAGUACGCUCCAGUCUCUCAAUGCUCUUGGAAAGGCACUUAUCCAGCAAAAGAAGUGGGUAGAUUCCGAAGCUGUACUUUGUGAUGCUGCCGGUGGGUGGGAGCAGAUGGAUUCUGUGCAUUAUGAGGAUUCAGGACAAUCCUUCAUGCUACUCGGGGUAGCAUUAUACAGGCAAGGGAAAAUUCAAGAGGCGGAAGAUUUUCUCUGGGCUGCCAGUCAACAAAUUUCCAACGUUGGAGCAAGAAAUUCCGCAAUGUAUCCAGCGGCCAUCUGGCUCGGACUUGCCCUUCUUGACCUACAGAUGCACUCCAAGUCUGAAAAGGCUUUUCGCUGGGCUGUUGCUGCAUCAAGGAAUGAUGAAAACUUAUCGGAAAGUUCUCUAUGGUUGGCCAGAGCCAUGUGCAAGCAAGACAAGCACGAACAAGCCAAGCAAUUAUGCCGCUUUGUCUUCGAGGAACGGAGCAUCAGACUUGGCAAAGAUGCCCGGGAUACAUUGGAGUCUUCUUACUGGCUUGGCUAUGCGUGUCACCACACAAAUGAGUACUCUGAAGCGGAAGCUCGUCUCUUUCAGGCGCUGGUUGUAUGGAGAAAAAGUUUUGGACUUUCAGACUCCACUACUCAAUGGUCUUUACAUUGGUAUGGAAAGACUCUACAGGCGCAGCAAAAAUACAAACUGGCAGAAAAGGCUUUCAAAGAACUGGUUGGAGCCAGAACUCUAGCGCUUGGGCACAAUCAUGAGAAAACAUUGAGCUCGAUGGUAUCAUUGGCCAGCUCACUAGAGUCCCAAGGGAAACUAGCAGAAGCGCAUGUGCUGUUCAAAGAAGCAUGGGGGGAAUGGGUUAACAAGCGUGGGGCUGAUGACCGCUUAACUAUUGAAACCGCGAGAUGCAUGGAGAGAACGAGGCUUGAGUACUUCAAGGGUCUGUCGCGUUCCGUUGUUUGA